AUGCAAGCGGAUAAGACUGUAACGUAUCCGAUUACGGUAGCUACGCAGCGCAAAACUGUACAGGAACUUGCUGGACUCACGCAACUUGCCGAUAUGCCACGUUGUCGUUAUGAGGUUAUCGACCCAGAGACGAGAGAUACAGUAGAUGUGGUUACGGUAGGAAAUCUUUGGUGUAUGACUGUACAUUCGUGUCGGGUCGAGGAUGACUCUGGGACAAGUUUUUCGAUUUUGGAUGAGAAGGGAUGUUCAAUUGAUCGAUAUCUUCUGGACAAUCUCGAGUACGGACCAGGACCGUUGCAGGCUCAAAAAGAAGCGCACGCCUUUAAAUUUGCCGAUAAGGAAUAUUGGGUCAGAGACACUGUUGGAGCCAAUCGCCCUCGGCGCCUCUAG